AUGAGGGCCCUCCAGCUUCUGCUUCUACUAUGCAUCCUGCUAUCUCCAGCAACCCUUUCACUAGCUCGUGAUCCUGUUCGUGUGAGAAGAGAGAUCAGAGAUCGUGAGGUGUAUGGUAAUGGGAGAAUCUUCGAUAUCACCCACGAGAUCAAUCCUAACAUGCCCACAUGGGACUCCAAGGAUGGUCUUGGCCAGUUCAUUUGGCUUGUUGAUAGCAUGAAGAAUGGUUCCGACCUUAAUUCUUCUCAGUUUAAGCUGUCCACACACACAGGCACGCAUAUUGAUGCACCCGGACAUGUCUACGAGGAAUACUAUGAAGCUGGAUAUAACGUCAAUUCACUUGACUUGGCUGUGCUUAAUGGCCCUGCCAUGCUGGUUGAUGUUCCGAGGGAUAGUAACAUAACUGCUUCUUGCAUCAGCUGCGGUUAUGAAGUCCUUGAAUAUUCCCAGGGGGUGCGUCGUGUGCUUUUCAGAACUUUAAAUACUGACAGGAAGCUUAUGUUCAAAAAGGAAUUUGACUCGAGCUAUGUCGCAUUCAUGGAGGACGGAGCAAAAUGGCUGGUAGAGAACACAGACAUCAAACUAAUAGGAGUUGAUUACUUAUCCUCUGCUGCAUACGUUAAUACAAUCCCACCUCAUCUUAUUUUUCUCAAAAAGAGAGAAAUCAUUCUUGUGGAAGGCCUAAAACUUGACAACAUUACAGCAGGACAUUAUAAUGUCCAUUGUCUACCUCUGAGGAUGAUUGACGCUGAUGGAUCGCCAGCAAGAUGCAUUCUUAUCAAAUGA